AACUGGCUACAGGCUGCGGACGCCACCUCCAGACUAUUUCAGGACUAUUCAGACCGUUAUAAGCGCAGGAUUUGUGCUAUACAUUUUUCCUGUAUUAUUGACUUUAAAUCAGAGGUCACGCGCAUGUUUUGCGUCAUCUUUCGAAACGCGCCGUCUCCGCCGAAAGCACAGCCGCACUCCGCUUCACCGGGAGAAGGACGAGCGCUCGGAAACCACAGCACAGGGAUGGAUCUCUGACAAUGAGCGUCACCAGGGCAGAGACCGCGCAGGGGAGCACGAAGCGCCAAGGUAACUCCUGUCAGGGUGUGGUUCUGUCCUCCCUGGUGCGGCCUGCGCUGCCCACACUCCAGCCCCCUCUGGAUGUGAAGCCCUUCCUCCCGUUUCACCUGGAUACCUCCCCCAUUGGCCUCUUCCCCGGCUUCAGCACGAGUGUGGUGGGCGUGUCCCGAUCAGAGCAGGGCUCUGGCCUGUGUGGCUGGAAGAGUGGGCUGGCCAGCAGGAGGCACUGUGUAAGCAUGGAUCCAGUUCAAAAAGCCAUAAUGAAUCACACGUUCGGGCUCCCCCCGCCUCCCAAACGAAAACACGCCGUUUCUUGCAGGGUGUGCCAACUGAAAUUCAAUUCAGAGAACCAGGCGACGGCCCACUUCAAAGGUACCAAGCACGCCAGGAAGCUGAAAGCUCUGGAGACCCCAGACGCCAAGCGCAAAGCUGCUGACGCAGUCGCCAAGGAAACCAUGAGGAAGGACCCCACAAAGAGCCUCUCGCCCUCCCUCGCGUCAGCCAGCACGGACGCCACAGACAGUACAGCUGGAUCCAUGUCAUCGCCACCAUCACCUCCUGCCACCAGGGUGGCGCUGUCGAGCUUCAUCACGGCAGCAGCAGACGGGGAGGAGCCGAGCUCUGACCCCCCGGCAGACAGGAGUCCCGAGGCUCCCGGGGAGACGGACGCAGCCGCGGAGACGGAGGAGCAGAAGGCCAAGCGCCUGCUGUACUGCUCACUCUGCAAAGUGGCGGUAAACUCCGCCUCCCAGCUGGAGGCCCAUAACAGCGGUACGAAGCACAAGACCAUGCUGGAGGCGCGAACUGGUGGGGGCGCCAUAAAGUCCUUUCCCAGGCCGGGGGUCAAGGGUCGGCUGGCUCCGCCCAACGCUGCAGCCACCGGCCUGCAGAACAAAACCUUCUACUGCGAGAUCUGCGAUGUUCACGUCAACUCAGAGACGCAGCUCAAACAGCACAUCAGCAGCAGACGGCAUAAAGACCGCGCAGCGGGGAAACCGGCCAAACCCAAAUACAGCCCCUACAACAAGCCCCCCCGAGGACCCUCCGCCCCCGCCGUGAGGCUGGCGGUGAGGAAGGAGCUGGAUCUGAAGCCUCUGGCGGCGCGGCUCUUACCUGGGCACCUGGCAGCGGCAGCCGUGUCACCCCUCUCCCUGCGCUCCGCCCCGGCAGUGGCGGCUGCCCUCCUGCAGUCCCAGCCCCUCCCCCCCGCCCUGCUCCCCCCCGCCCCCGGGCCCGUCCGGACCUCACACCCCUCCGUCCUGUUCGCCCCGUACUGACCUGAGCCAGGGUCUCACCUGCCCGUGCCCAGGACGUGCCCCUCUCCGCAUCCCUCACCUGACUGACCCGUCAAAUGAGCGAAUCCGGAGCUCCCAAUACCCUCUUUGGCCCGGGAUACGAUCCCUCCCAGAAUUCUCACACCCGAUUUGGGCUGCAGCACGGGCCAUUCUGGGACUCUUACAUACCUGUGAGGGUCUGGUUCCGAACCCGAUCUGAAACUCUCGGCUCAUGCCGUCCCUCAAACGGACCGUGGCCCGUCAGAAAGUCAGGCCUGAGCUGCUCCUGCCCAGAACCAGGUCGUGGCCUCCAGUGCCCUGUGGAACUGCAAUAAUCUAAAGACUGAAAGAAGGAGCAGAGCGGUUCUGAUCCGGUCCGACAGAAGGCGUUACGAAAACGAACAUCAGGAUCUGAUGGAUUCAGUGUUCCUCCAAACCAUGUCCACUGAAGGCCUGAACAAUUCUGCAGCUAACACUAUCACUCAUAAUACUACAGUAAUGGCAAGAGGCAAGAGCAAGCCCUCCUCUGGGAUAACCUUACAACA